GUUACCAACACACAUGCGCAGUAAACAACAGCGAGUCUAGACAUGAAAAUCGAAGAGGUGAAGAGCACGACCAAGACCCAACGCAUCGCAGCUCACAGUCAUGUUAAAGGGCUCGGCCUCGACGAAGCAGGCUUUGCCAAACCGACAGCAUCCGGGCUCGUCGGGCAAGAAGCUGCGCGCGAAGCCACCGGCAUCGUCGUCGAGCUGAUCAAAACCAAGAAGAUGGCAGGUCGAGCAAUACUCUUAGCAGGACCGCCCGGCACGGGAAAGACUGCACUUGCACUUGCAAUGGCGCAAGAACUCGGUCCUAAAGUUCCCUUCUGUCCAAUGGUCGGCAGCGAGGUUUACUCGUCGGAGGUGAAGAAAACCGAAGUUUUGAUGGAGAAUUUUCGUCGCGCUAUUGGCCUGCGGAUCAAAGAAACGAAAGAAGUUUAUGAAGGCGAGGUGACUGAAUUGACGCCGUGCGAAACUGAAAAUCCGAUGGGCGGGUACGGCAAGACAGUCAGUCACGUGAUGAUUGGGUUGAAGACAUCGAAGGGCACGAAACAGUUGAAGCUCGAUCCGUCAAUUUACGAGAGUUUGCAGAAGGAGAAAGUGGAGGUUGGUGAUGUUAUUUAUAUUGAAGCGACGAGUGGCGCUGUGAAGCGGCAGGGAAGGUCAGAUGCGUACGCGACCGAGUUUGAUCUCGAGGCUGAGGAGUAUGUUCCUCUGCCGAAAGGUGAUGUUCAUAAGAAGAAGGAGGUGGUGCAGGAUGUUACGCUUCACGAUCUCGACGUCGCAAAUGCGAAGCCGCAAGGAGGUCAAGAUAUCCUCUCGAUGAUGGGUCAGUUGAUGAAACCGAAGAAGACGGAAAUCACUGACAAGCUGAGGAAGGAGAUCAACAAGGUUGUCAACAAGUACAUUGACCAGGGAGUGGCCGAGCUGGUACCGGGAGUUCUACUGGUCGACGAAGUUCAUAUGCUCGACAUCGAAUGCUUUACGUAUCUCCACCGAGCACUCGAAUCAUCGUUGUCACCAAUUGUAGUGUUUGCCACUAACCGAGGUCACUGCACGAUUCGUGGGUCGGUUGAUAUUAUCUCUCCUCACGGUAUUCCGUUAGAUCUUCUCGACCGUUUGCUUAUCAUCCGCACUCUCCCUUACGCUAAAGAAGAAAUGGCCCAGAUCCUACACAUUCGAGCUCAGACAGAGGGAAUCGAUGCCGAUCAGGAAUCUCUUCAACUGUUGAGUGAAAUCGGCGAGAAGACGACUCUGAGGUAUGCCGUACAGCUUCUCACUCCAUCGCAUCUUCUUGCACGUAUCAAUGGUCGCGAUUCGGUGGGAAGAGAAGACGUGGAGGAGAUCAACGAGUUGUUCUAUGAUGCAAAAUCGUCAGCCAAAGUGCUGGCCGAGCAAGAAGACAAAUACAUGAAGUAAAACACUGCAUAGAUUUAACACAUGCAGAAAUGUGACUGUGUGGUCAGUUGGCGAGACAUUGCUGUAUGUGUAUGUAUCAAUCGAAAAUAUAGUCGCGCAGACAUUGGGUAUCCGA